UGAGGGUUCCUCAGGACAAGGGUAUAAGAGGGGGUCGAUGUGAAAGCAUUUUUUUCCCAUAAAACCUCAGGUUACUGGUUUCUCCACUGUAGCAUUCAGUUGGAGUGUGUCUCGUGUGAGAGGGGAGAUUUUGUCUUCACAGUGUGUGUUUGAGAGAGAGGAGAUUUCGUCUUCACAGUGUGUGUUUGAGAGGAGAUUUCGUCUUCACAGUGUGCGUUUGAGAGAGAGGAGAUUUCGUCUUCACAGUGUGUGUUUGAGAGAGAGGAGAUUUCGUCUUCACAGUGUGUGUUUGAGAGGAGAUUUCGUCUUCACAGUGUGUGUUUGAGAGAGAGAAGAUUUCUCCGAUUUUGUCAGUCAACAUGGAUCGUCUGGAUAGAAGGCUGGCCAUGACUCUUCUCCUCUUCUCAUUCAUCUCGUUCUCCACUCAGAAAACCUCAAUCUCCUGGUGUGUAGUGUCGGAGGCAGAGGAGCAGAAGUGUCUGGAUCUGGCUGGGAGUGCUACAGCCCGGAAUAUCAGAGGAACGCUGCUGUGCGUCCGUGGCCAGAGUCCCACAGACUGCAUGGAGAAGAUCAAGAAUGGUACAGCGGAUGCAGCAGCCAUGUUUGCUGAUGAUAUCUACACAGCUGGCUGGUGCUUUGGACUAGAACUGGCUGCUGGAGAGUCUUACAAUGGAGUGGAUGGUAUCAGCUACUAUGUUGUAGCUCUGGCUCGUCGCUCCUCCAGUGACCUGUCCCUGUUGGAGAUGCAUGAACGCAGCUCCUGUCACCCAGGGAUCCGUACCACGGUGGGCUGGACUGUUCCUAUUGGCUUCCUGGUCAACACCUCACAGAUCAGUGUCGAUGAACAAUGCAACUUUCCUAAAGCGGUGGGGGACUUCUUUGGCUACAGCUGUGUACCAGGAGUAAAGGACAGAGAACACGACCCCAGAGGAAGCAACCCUAAGAACCUGUGUGAAGCCUGCAUAGGAGACGACAACGAGAGACAUAUAUGUGUUAACAAUCACCGAGAGAGACACUAUGGAGAGGCUGGGGCACUGAGGUGUGUGGCUGAGAAUUUGGGCGAUGUGGCAUUUGUCAAACACACCACCAUUUUUGACAACAUGGAUGGCAACAAUAUGGAAUCAUGGGCCAUGGACCUGGAACUGGAGGACCUGAAGCUGCUGUGCCCGGAUGGCAGCGAGGCCGGGCCGUUUGACCAUGAGACGUGUCACCUGGCUGUGGUACCAGCUAACGCUGUGGUGGUACGCCCAGAGGACAAGUGUAGAGUCUGGAAAUACCUGGAACGCUUACAGAAUGCGUUUGGGAACACCACCAUGUUCAGCUCAGUGGGCUACACCCAAUCAGAUCUCCUGUUUUCUGACUCCACCCACCACCUGCUCAGGGUUGUGGGUAGUUACACUUCCUGGUUGGGUCCCUCAUACACCACGGUCCUGCAGGCCUUCGAGUGUGAAAGUUUGUGCUGAUCCUUCUAGAAAGAAAUCAACCAGCAUCCUCUCCAUCUCUACCCUCACUAUCUCUCCACCUCUUUCUUUCCCUACCUCCAUAUCGUAUCCUCCCUCCCGCCAUACCCACCUCCCUUCCUUCCUCCAUCCUCCCCUCCCUCCCUAUAUCCUCCCUCCCUCCCUCCCUCCCUCCCUCCCUCCCUCCCUCCCUCCCUCCCUCCCUCCCUCCCGUGUGAUGAUAUGGUAGAUAUUCAGAGUGUUUCUUUGCUCCCACACAGUUCCAGUAGUCCCUUAUCCUCCUAUAAAAAAUAUCAAUGUCAUUAACUCACUGAAUCACAAUCUCUCUCUGUGUGUGUGUGUGUGUGUGUGUGUGUGUGUGUGUGUGUGUGUGUGUGUGUGUGUGUGUGUGUGUGUGUGUGCACCCAUGGUUCACUGCGUUCCCACGGUUGGUAUAGCAGACCACCAUGCUAGUCACUCUACACCUGACAGAGAGGGGAUUACAGCUAUAAAUCGCCACCAGACACUGAUCUAAGGUCAGGUUAAUGUUUUGGUGGUUAAUGUUCCAUUUUGGGAAGGUAAGCUGAUCCUAGAUCUGUGCUAAAAUAGGAACUUCUACCCAGAGCAGUAAUCCAUGACACUCUAUACACAGCAAUUCAAAACAAAUGCCGACUCACACUGCAUUAAACCAUGUAUUCAGAGCGUUUUGAUUGACCUUGAAGGUGCUGAAAUAUUGGUGAUAAUACGUGUGAUAAGAUGUUUGAAGCCACUGAAAUUAUGUUUGUACUGUAAAUCACUGCCACCAUUGAAUGAACAGGAAUCACCAUUUUUUUCUAUCAUUUCUUCUGGAGAAUGUUCUCUCUAUCAAAACAAUUCCUUAUGACCUCUAUAUUUUGUUAAUGUUGUACCUGUAGAGUAACUCACUCUACGGAGGUAUAUUGGUGCUGUGACACUACAGUAUUUUCUGUCUGUCUUCAGGAUUUAAAUUGUUCUAAAGAGACCUGUGUGUAAAUACUCUUCACCUGCUGGUAUUUGUAGUUCUGCAACCUCUUUAAAUAUAUUAAAGAAAUGAU